GAUGGCCUGUUAAGUCAAGGCAAUCUUGAUCUUAUUAUGAGAAUUUACAACAAGAUACCAAAACUGUCAUCAGAUGGGAAGCGGUUACAGGUGUGUCAUACUGAAAACUCUAGUUUGCAUGCUGUUAUAUGAGAUAGUGGCUACAGUACAAUUAUACAGGGUGUAUCAAAAAAAAGGUAAUCGAACUUCAGCGCGCUAUUGUAUCUGAAUUACUCUAAGUAUGAACGAGAUUUUUUCACAUUCGGAAAGAUCAUGCUAUUAGCUGUUAAAUGACAUCUUCUUCAUGCCAAAUGGAUAAAAAAUGAGCAAAUACGAAUCCGAUAAAAAAUCUUAGUCAGAAUCGCAUAUUUUCACCGUUGAGAGUUAGGUCUAAAACCAUUGAAAAUGAAUUCCCUUUAGGACUUAAGUUGAUGAAUUUCACUUCAUUAAACUGCACACAUAUUCAUAAUCUUAGCUAAGCUACGACACGUUCGUGAUUAAUUGCUUUUUUCUUUUGUUAUGCAUUGUUUUAAUUAGGCACAGAGGUGAAAAUAUGCGAUUUUGACUAACAUUUUUAAUCGGCCUCGUAUAUGCUUAUUUUUUCUCCACUUGGUAUAAAAAGCAUGUCAUUCAAUAGCUAAAAGCCUGAUCUUUCCGAAUAUGAAAACCAAUUGUUCAUACGCAGAGUAAUUCACGUAUAAUAGCGCGCUGAUGUUCGAUUACCUUUUUUUUUAUACACCCUGUAUACAAGUUGUUCCAGCCUAAAUCCAUAUGGUAAGUAUAACAUCGCAUGCGAAAUGAAAGCAAGAAUGCCUUUCUUUCAUUUCACAUGUGACGUCACGCUUACCAAACCUGCCAAAGCCAAGCGAGUUGGGGCGUAGGGGUCUGUUUACAUGAUCUUGAACUGUCUGUGCCAGUGUAGGUACUAGGUAGUGCCAAAAGUAUGAACAGGCUUUCGUUGGUAGGGACGCAACUACCAGAAAAAUAUAAGGAGAAUUUCGACGUUUUGAGCGAAGGCCCUUCGUCUGGAAUUACUACUUAACAAUUAGACAACGAGGCCGAGUUGUCUAUGAGCGAAUAGUCAACGAGGCGAAGCCGAGUUGACUAUUUGCUCAUAGACAACGAGGCCGAGUUUAAUUUACAACUAGGCUGCAAACACAAUACAAAAAUACACAAAAAACAUUAUAAAACCAUUAAAGGUAAACAAAUAUUUUAGUUUUUGUUCGCGUAAAAUGUUUUACAAAAUUCAGUUUUAAUUUUAAAAUUUCAUUGAGUGUAUGUUAUUUUGUCUAUUUUCUUACCCUUAAAAAUUGCCAUUCCAUGUUUUUGUUGCUUUUUUUCGGGGGGUUUUAGUACAGAAUUGUUCAACAAGUCGUCCAAAAAAUCAUCAGACACUUCGGCAAAAGUGCAAAACGCGAUAUUUUCCGCCAUUUUGAAUUUUCUAUUAGUAGGCUAUCACUAAUAGCCUACCAGUAGCGUAGCCAAUCAGAAGGCACCAUAUGUGAUAGCCUACUAGUAGGUUUAUACUAAUAGCCUUUAGCCGCUAGUAACUCCAGACGAAGGGCCUUCGCUCGAAAAGUCGAAAUUCUCCAUGAUCUCUUAUCACGGAGCACGGCCAUGGUGGAAGGGGUUAGUUAUAUUAAUAAUUUAAUAAUUUAAUAAAAAUACCGAUUUGUAACCUAUUAGGUUAAAUUACAUCAGUAAAAAGUCUCAUUAUACUACAAUAGAAUAUCUAGAUGCAUAAAAUUAUUCAUAACUUCAGUUGAAAAAGUUAUAGAGUUCAAAUUAAAAAUUUAAAAAUAUUAAAAUUAUGGUCUAUUCAUAUGUGAAACCAUCUGUGGAAAAAACGAUUUCAUAAAUCUGUCCGUUUUACAACUAUAGUUAUUAUAAUCGCUUCCAUAACGUGUAUUAUAGUUAUGUUCAAGUUUAGGCGGUAAGAGGUCACCCAAUUUGUCUCCAUGUGCAUUUUUAACAAAAAAACGUUCGCAUAAUAAUCGCCGCCGAUCUUUCAGUAAGGGUAUACCAGUAAUACUGCAAGCUUCUCUAUAAGUAGCGAAUGGCAAGACAAUACGCAGAGCCCGCUUCUGGAGUUUUUCGAUAUCUUCACUUAGGUAUUCUGUAAUAUUGAAGUGCCAAACUUGGCAGGCAUAUUCGAGUACUGGUCUGAUAAUGGUGCAGUAUACCAAAAUUAGAAUGCUAUUGUCGGCAUUUGAUCGUUUUAACAACCUUAGCAUAUAAAGGCGUUUUCCCGCUUUUUUAACAAUAUGGUUCACAUGCUCGUUCCAUUUCAAAUCAUCUUGGAUUGAGAGACCAAGAAUUCGGGCAGAUUUUACCCGUUCAAUACCAACGUUAUUUAUAGUUAACGGUAAAAACUCAUGUUUUUCUCUUGCAAAGUCAAUUACCAUUUCCUUACAUUUGCCGAUGUUGAGCUUCAUAUUAUUAACUUCACACCAAUUAUAGAUAACAUUCACUAGAUCUUGUAGUUCACUACUCUCAGUUGAUGUAACUCGUUCAGCAAACGUACUGUCAUCAACAUACUUCCAUCUAUCGCUCCAAUCAAUAAGAAGAUCAUUUAUCAUAACAAGGAACAAAGCCGGCCCUAACACCGACCCUUGCGGCACUCCACCGUUUAACGUUUGCCAGUCCGAAUGACAGUUAGCCAACUUGACUCGUUGUUUACGAUCAGAGAGAAAACUUCUAAUCCAAUUUAUAAUGGUUUGGGAAACACUCAUUUGUUGUAGCUUAUUCACCAGUAUGUUGUGAUCUAUUCGAUCAAAAGCUUUUUCAAAAUCAAGCAAGAAUACUCUCACCGCAUUGCUUGAAGCAUCUGUAGCACUCAGGAGAUGAUGGAUCAGGCUCAGUAGGGCAUGGGUAGCCGAGGAAUUUUUAACGGAGCCAAACUGCCGCGUAUCAAUCUUUGCACCAAUUGACUUAAUGGGCUAAUAGGAUUAUGGGCUAAUCCUAACCUAAGGGAUAAUCCCCCACCCACCCUGUCAACAUUCCCUGUUUGAGGAAACGGGAGAAAACCCACGAAUUUCAGUGGAGCGUUGACUGACUCUUUUCACGUUAGUGUCAUAAGUCCAUAACGAGAAUCGAACCUUCACUCUGCGCCACCGAUAGGUCAACUCCCUAUCCCGCCAAAAUAGUUUACACAUCAUGCAACUGGUAUUUCGUGACGUUUCCGCCUCUGGGCAUUGAUGAAGAUCAUAAGAAUAUUUACUCAUUUACUUUGAACAUAUGAAUAUUUACUUUAUCUUCUUUCUUUCUGCCGUGAACUAACUUGAAGUCUUCUCGGUUUGUUUAGAUGAUUGUUUGCUCGGCGACCUUACAUUCCAUCGAAGUAAAAAAAUUGGCGGUAAGAAAACCCGAUUUGUUCAACGUUGAUCUUGUUGUAGCAAUUCCAAAGCCCAACACUAAUUUUUUAAAUUGGAAAAAAGCCUAGAUUAUUUUGAAUUAGGAAAUUCCCAGUUUAUUUUGAAUUGGAAAUUCCAGUUUAUUUUGAAUUGAAAAUUAGCCUGUUUCCGGCCUCUGAGAAGGCUAUGGCUAACACUAUGAAUGCUUGAUUUUAACAUUCCUUUAUGUUUUUUCAGGACAAAAUCAUGAAUUUUCCAACUUGGGUAGAUCUUAAAGGCCACGACAGCGUCCCCGAAACAGUUCAUCACGUGGUAAGAUUCGAUGUGUGAAUAAAUAGCUUUAUCUCAUUCAUCAACAAUGACACACCGUUCCUGUUAACUUUUAUAGUUUUAUUGAAGAAACUACUUUAAUUAAAAUAAUUUCAUAUUCAUAAAUACACCCUUACAAUGUGUUGUCACGUGUUAAGGUCACGUGUCAUUCUAUUACCUAAUCAUAUAAUUAUCAAUCAAUGUCAACAAUGUUCCCAAUUUAUCCUUAUAUGUUCUUAUGCAUAGUAAUAUAUGUUAACAAUUACGCAACAUAAAAUUGAAAUGAAAGUGCCAGAAAACAUAUUCUUAUCAUUUCUUGACAUUUAACAGUUAUUCGCCAAAGGCGAGGUGAUUAUCGGUGAAUCAAAACCGAGACGGAAGUAGAGGUUUUUAUUCACGAUAAUCACCGAGCCUGAUCAUGAGGUGAAUAAUUGUUUUAGUAUAAUUUGACAGGCGAUUAUUUGGAAAGAAAUAAAAAGUAUACACAUUUCUUCGUCAUUUAAUUGCAAAACGGCUUCGGUCGCCAUUUCGAAAAUCGCUUAAGUGAUUAUCGCGUUAUAAUCACUUCAACGGCAACCAAUCAGCGUGUAGAAUUUUCAAUAAUCACCUAUGUAUACGAAUCUCUGUUAUUUCUAGAUUGUCCAUGUGGAUCCUAAGAAGGAUUAUUCUUGGAAAAGUUUGAAACAGAAAGUCAAA